AUGCAGCAAACACCGAACAGUGUGAAAGAUCGAGGUAGUGCCGUUAGUACCAAUAAUUUGAUAAUUGAUAAUAAGACGAAUACAAUUCAAUCGGAAACACAAGUGACAAAACCGAAGAAAAAGAAGAGAAAAACUCAAGUAGCAAAUGUGACAACUAAACAGACGACAGUACAACAACCAGCACUUUCGGGAGUAUUUGGUAUUUCGAGAGCUGCGACGAUUUGUUGGUAUAUUCUAAUUGGGAUUAUAUUUCUCAUUGCUUUUGUUGCCCUGGUUUUAUCAGUACUUUAUUUUGUCUCAGAUACAACAACUGAACAAGUUGUUAAACUCUAUGGGAUCUGCGGUGCUGGUAGUUUAAUUUUUGUCACCAUCGGCAUUGUCUGUCUUGACUGUUGUAAUGAUGGAAAUAGACGAGCUCGUGAAGAAAUGGCGAGAUAUACCAUGUUACAAGCUAUAGAAGAAAAAAAACGAGCUUUAGCUCAACGGCGUGCGAAACGAACAGUUACAGAAGAUAAGGAUGAAAAACCGAAACCGUUUAUCAUUCAACACCAAGGAACACAAGCAGCACCUCCCGAGCCUGAACCUCAUUCGCAUCACAUGCACCAUUAUCCUUAUCAUCAUUAUCCAACGAUAGGCUAUCUCAUUCCUGCACCACCGAUUGUUAUUGAUACAGGUAUGAAUACAUCGGAAAAAUUUGUUCCACCAUCGUGGAGUAGAAAUGAAGAACAUGGAACACAGACAGAUCGAACAGAAGGAACACAAACAUCAGCUAUGGAAUUGAAUCGCAUUCCAAGUAAUGUGACGGAAAUUAUUCAUGAAAGAACAAUUUUGAAGGCGCCUAGAGAACUUAUUGGGACAAUUAAAGAAUCCAUGGCACAGCAAGAUAGAGACCUCGCCUUAGGUCCAGAGCCGAUUGAUGCGAAUACUUUAAUUGCUUUUAAUUGA